AUGAAUACCACUCAAAUACCGGCGCCUUUAAUAAUUCGACCAAAUUAUGAACAAGUUUGCAAAGUUAAGAAACUAUUCAUAUAUCCUAUUAAAGCGGUUAAAGGAGUUGAAGUGAAUGAGCUCGAGAUCACUAAAUAUGCCUCCAAAUUGAACAGAUCGUGGGCUCUAUUGAAUGAGUCAAACAACUGGAUUGGUAUCAAACACGAGCCCAGACUAGCCCUCACCCGCACCAGUAUUGUGGGCGACGAGCUAUGGGUUGACGCACCAGAUAUGCCGACUCUUAAACUCAGAUAUAUAGACAAACUUAAUAAUAAUCACAAUAUACUAUCGUUCAGAAUGUAUGGCCAACAGAUCAAAGGCCUGGUCUGUAGCGAUGAGUGCAACAAAUGGUUUCAAACAUUUUUAGGCAAACCAGGGGUACGUCUACUACAACAUCACGAGAGCUUUGAUUUCAGAGACACUAAUUCAGACAAACGCCGAAACGAUGACAAAGAGUUCCCAAUUAUAUACCAAAACAAAUCGGGUCUGCAUUUGAUUAACGAGAGUUCAAUCAGUCAUUUGAAUUCUCGGUUCUCUGAGGGCGCGGAUCACGUCUGUCACGAAAACUUCAGACCAAACGUUUUGGUCGAUUACCCCCAGGCCUGGGCUGAGGACACGUGGAAAUGGAUGCGAAUCAAUGGCGUAAACUUCAUGAGACUACUGGCGUGCGACCGGUGCCCCUCCACUACUGUCAACCAGAAAACCGCUGUUAAAAAUAUGGAAACACUGGUGGCGUUAAAAAAGUUUCGGCCACCGGAAGGCAUAACUAAGAAAAAGGGUCUGGGUCCCAUGUGGUUAGAUAGUGAGGAUGUUUCCCAAAAUGAGAGUUUAACUCGGAAACAUUUUGUCAAAGUAUGUAAAGUUAAGAAACUAUUCAUAUAUCCUAUUAAAGGGGUCAAAGGAGUUGAAGUGAAUCAGCUCGAGAUCACUAAAUAUGGUGUCAAAUAUGGGUCUUUUAGAGACAGAUCGUGGAUAUUAUUAAACGCUAAAAACGAUUACAUUAAUAUGAAUACUGAUCCCAAACUAGUGUUGACUCGAACCAGAAUUAUGGGCCAAGAAUUAUGGGUUGACGGACCAGAUAUGCCAACACUUAAACUCAGAUACAUUGAUGAAAUCAAUGACAGCCACAACAUCAUCACAAUUGAGUAA